UUUAACUGCCCCGCUGACGUCACAGCACGAUGACUCGUUUAUUUUGCGACCGCACCGGCUCAAAAUUUUUCGCUGGCCUAAGCCCGCAUCCAUAAACAGAAGCAGAAAAAAAAAACUGAAUCACGGUGUGAAAAGCAGCCGACAUCAUGCACGUUCGGCCAGGGUUCCGCUCGGCUCCUCAAAUCGUGACGCAGCCCUCCAGACGAGCGGCGGAGCAAGAGCCCUGCUGUGGAUGAAGACGCGCCGCUUCCAUACUAUCCCUGCAUAUUAUGAAGGAAAUCUGAAAAUCCCAUUCCUCAGCUCCUGUAUUCUGCAAACAGCCAGUGUGCGUGUGUAUCCCGCCUGCCACUCCUGUGCAACCGUCCUGGGCUCCAGGAGCCCACCCAUGCCUGUGAUCCCCAUCCCACGGCGGGUGCGCAGCUUCCAUGGCCCCCACACCACCUGCAUGCACUCUGCUUGCGGCUCGGCGCACACCAACAAGCUGGUGCGCACCAAGUACAACAACUUUGACCUCUACCUGCGCUCCCGCUGCAUGUACAGCUUCCUGCGCUUCCUCCUCUACUUCGGCUGCAGUCUGCUGACCUCCCUGCUCUGGGUGCUGCUCUCGGCCCUCUUCUUCCUGCAGUACGUCAGCGUGCGCGUCCUCCUCCGGCUGCAGUACAAGCUCUCCGUCAUCCUUCUGCUGCUGGGCCACCGGCGGCUGGACUUUAGCGUGCUCAACGACCUGAUCAUCUACAGCAUGCACAUCACCAUGUUUCUGGUGGGGGGGCUCGGCUGGUGCUUUAUGGUGUUUGUGGAUAUGUGACUGGACCGCUGGAAACGGAAGGACCGGCAGGGCCCAACGAGGAAAAGGCGUCGCACUGCAACUCGGGCAUGAUGUGGCGCCAGAAAGGGGAACACACCUGUAGCACAUCCGGCGAGCUUUACCCGUUGCUCAGCGUUUUAACAUUUGCAUCCUUAAAACAUCCAGGAAGUUUGUUUUGUUUAGUUGGGAUUGUCUGGGGCUGUCUUACCGGGCUCCUGGUCCACUCAUCGCCAAAUCACAGCUCCAUUUGAUACCUGUGUGUUUCUGUUUCGUCCCUUUCUUGUUCCAUUUCGUUCCCAUGGACAAAACGUCACUUAUCAGUGUAGCUGACCAUUGACUCAUCAGUUUCUUUCUCUGGCUAGUCAAACGUUUUGAAAAAUAAGAUUUAAUAUAUGGUUUAAUUAACAGUUUAUUACUUUCAGAAAAGUUUGUCAUCUUGUUUUCAUUUGAUUUUGGGUGAUGUAUGUGAAAUAUGGGAAAUUAUGAAAUCUGAUCAAACCAACCUGACCUUCUAAUGGCAGAUAACAUUUAUGAGCAUCAAGAAACCUAAUUUUAUUACUGAAAGUUACUUUAAAUCAUUAGUUGUCAAAGCAGGUGAGAACUGACACUUAGUUGUGACCAAGCAUCCAUUGGUAGACAGCUGAAAAAGUCGAGUGCAAAGCAGCAGAAGUACAAAACGGGAAAGGGAUGCAACAACGACCGGCCAUCUUACCGGGUGUGGUUCCCAAAAUCUUUCAGCUUCAGAGCCACAGUUUAACGGUGGAGGAAAAUUAUGCAGUAGUUGGGUUUACAUACAUCUCUCCCAAGUCAGUUAAACGGGGACACAAUUACAACAAAGACAAAAUCAACAGUUUUUUAAUCUCUAAUUAGAGCAUAAAUAUGCUUAAAAAAAACUGGGAUCUGACCAAAACUGCCGGUUUAGACGGCUGAAACUCCAUCCUUAAAUAGGUCGGUUCUGAGUAGCUGUUAAAUAAACUGCAACAUGGUUUGUUUUCAGUUCUACAGUCUGCCUGCUGUCAGCUGCCAGUAAGAUACUGACUAUUCCUAACUACUUAAACAUACAUUAUUUAAGCAGACAUGCAUUAGGUUAUUGUUUAUGACAAGAAAGUCGGCAGUCGCUGGAAACAAUAUCCAGCUAAUACUGAAAAACGAUACGGUGAAAAAAAAAAAAAACGAUAGGUGUUUGUUUUAUAAAUCUAUUACUCACUGGAACGGGGGGGGGGGAAAUGUGAACAUCACAGUUGCAUGAAACACUGACAUAUGACUGUAUGAUGCAAGAUUGUCUUCUGUUUCGACAUCGCUGGAGGUCUGCUCUAAAACCCUACCACAGAUAAGAACGUUAUCCUGUAAAUAUACGUUUUCAUUGCAAAGUAAGGGAAUGUGCAGUCGCAACUCGAGUUAUGGAAAUAAACGAGGAGCACCGAUGUGUGCGAUUCGGUGGGCGAGAGUUCAGCGAAAUCCCAAAAGUGAAUGGGUCCGACGUGUUUUUAAAAGUUGUUUGAUAAAUAUGUCGAUUAAACCGUUUUUAAUUCAAAAA